ACACGACCUCACGUGGAGGUCACUGUAUCAGCCGAGUCUUGGGCGGCAGGGAGUGAAGAGGUGGUUGGUGGUGGUGGCGUUUGGUGGUUGGUGGUGGCCUUUGGUGGUGGUUGGUGGUGGCCUUUGGUGGUGGCCCCGUGAUGCCGCGAUGCCGCUGCAGGUGAAGUGGCCGUUCCCGCGGGGGCAGCCCGGGGCCACGUGGCGCGCAGCCAGCCUCGUGGUGAUGGGACUCGUCGGCUCCUACAGCCGCCUGUGGAUGAGAGUGGUCAACCGGCUGGAGGUUCACAACGCGGCCGCCCUGAACGAGGCCCUCGCCGAGCGGCCGCCCGGAACUCCGCUCAUCACGCUCGCCAACCAUACCUCGUGCAUGGACGACCCUCACCUGUGGGGGUCCCUGAAACUCAAGCAGCUGUGGAACCAAAAGCUGAUGAGGUGGACUCCAGCCGCCUCCGACAUCUGCUUCACCAAGGAGCUGCACUCGCGCUUCUUUAGCCUGGGGAAAUGCGUGCCGGUGUGCCGCGGUGACGGCGUCUACCAGCAAGGCAUGGACUUCCUCGUGGAGAAGCUGAACCGUGGAGACUGGGUCCACGUCUUCCCCGAAGGCAAGGUGAACAUGAGCCAAGACAUGAUCCGGAUUAAAUGGGGGAUCGGCCGCCUCAUAGCGGAAUGUCGGCUCAGUCCCAUCAUCCUCCCGCUGUGGCACGUUGGAAUGAACGACGUGCUCCCAAACAAACCCCCGUACGUCCCUCGGCGAGGACAGCGGGUCACGGUUGUCGUCGGCAAACCCUUCACUUUGAGAAACCUCCACGAGACUCUGCGCCGCGAAAACCACAGCACGGUGGAGGUGCGCAAGGCGCUGACGGACGCGGUGGAACGGGAGCUACGCGCCCUCAAAGACAAGGCCGAGGCCCUGCACAGCGCGCUCAGCACCGGCUAACAGCGCUGCCUUGGGCCUAAGGGAGGGUCGCUGGUACUGCCGCCGUGACCUCGCGACACACCAGCGGUCAGCCGCCCCCUAAACUCUCCGAAGAAGUUUCCGCACGAGUAUGACGGCGGAAAUGAAUGCCCGCACCUGGCACUUAAUACUCGGCUGCUUUCGUAUCGGCUGUACGCACGGGUGGUACAUGUAGUUGCCACCAGUUCCUGGUUUUUUCAGGACCGUGUUCUUAUUUGAGGUAUCGUAUUACCUGGAUUGAGACGCUCCUAAAAGCAGGACACACGUACGCAAAAAGAAGUUAUAUAAAGCUGGUCACAUAUGUACACACCUACCAGAGUAAGACACACCGAAUGAAGUUUUAUGAAUUUAAUUAUACACCCACUGCAUUAUAAGAUGCACCCUCAAACCCUCGCUUGAAAAUAAGAGGGAAAUAAAAUGUGCAGCUUAUACUCCAAAGAAUACGGCAGCUGCUGUCCUAGUAAAUCGACCCAGGACAUUAAAAAGUUCCAGUGUUUGUCAGUUGCGCAAUAAUAGUAACGCACCAAUCGGCACCAUGCAAUUACACGUACCUCCCCUCUAAUUUCGACUGUGCGCUCUUCUUCCUCGGGAAUGUUCACAUUUUUAAUUUUUUAAACCUCAGGUGGGAGCCCGAGUUUGCACAACGGUCAACUCUUGAUUAUAUGGAGUUCCGAGGAGGAGGGGCUGGUCCAGAUUUUGACAUCGCUGGUAAUGCAAAGCUUGCGUCCAUUCGUCUAUGGAGCCGCGUUCGUGGUUUCACGCCGGGAAAUGGUGAAGGUGUCGUGCCGCGUCCUCCGUUCUUAUGGCUUCUGACGGUAACCGAUUUUGCUCGUCGCGUUUGCGAGCGGCAGCUCUGAACGAAACCGGCGAUGGGCAGAAUUUUUCCGCGAGCACACGCGAGCCGCUGCCCACGUAUUCGAGAGUUGCCUCUUGCUUGGAUUGUUCUUGGCAGGAGUGGGUGAUGGGCGAGGGGUGGCAGGGUUCUAGGAUUGUGCCGAGUGCCAUUCGCCCAACUACAAGCCCCACGAAUUGUGUUGUUGAGCCUGGGCCGUGUGCGAUCACAUGCCGUUUCCCAGACUCACAAGUUCCAGACGUGUAUAUACACACAGUGGAAACUUGAGAGUUAACAAAACUAAACAUCCCACACCUUUGCCAAUCCACUCCUGAAGGCAUCCCCACCCCACAAUGUAUCAUCGGUCAUGGGGCUUGUUUGACCAUACUUUACCACAUUGGACAUUUGUGAAACGGCUUGUUGGGGGGGGGGGGAGGGGGGGGGGCGUUGGACCCAGGACCGGUUCAAAUAUCGCUUCCCAGGAAUCGAACUCGGCACACUAACCACUAUAUCCUGCACGACGAUAUAUGUGUAUGGAACCGAUGGCUCCCAUGCGGCGUUCUAAUUGACGCACGGACAAUAUAGUGCAUGUGUGUGCGUGUGUAGAGUAGCAACAGUUGACUGCCUUAACGAGGGGACUGCCUCACUUGAGCGAGCGAUCGCCAAUCAUGCAAUAGGAUUCCUGCAUUAGAAUCCGAUGUUGCAAUAGGAUUCCAAUGCAAGGGACGUGUUUGCACGUCCGUUUCCCUGCACACAGUUGCCUACAACCACCUGGGCAUAGCUGCUGUCCGCCGUGUAUAUACCUCUUGUUUUUCCCCCACUGCACAACCGAGCAGUGCCAAGGGCUGUGCCGAGCCGGCCCCGCUCAGGAGGCACCAGGUUUUCCCCCACUUUAGAAGCUGAACCGUGCCGCCGGCUUGGCAACGCGGUGCGUGAUGUCAACGUCACAUGUUCGGGUGUAGCGAUGCAACGUCACAUGUUCGGGCUGUAGCGAUGCAACGUCACAAAAGUGGUUCACCCAGCCCCUUGGCCCUGCUCGGCCCCCCCGAGCCAGAUUCACGGGUUUUCUUGCAAGGCCAGCAUAGCACGGUUUGGUUCUGGCUUGGCUCGGGGAAAAAAAACACAUGUACUGUCAGAGGCCCUGCGCUGGCUUGGCUCGGAUGCACCAGUGGAAAAGGGGCCGUUAUUGCUGCCAGGUCGCCGCCGCUGCUGCUGCCGGGAAGGCGCCCGAGUACCACCAGCUGCUGUGUCCGCCGGGGUUCUGUUCCUUUGACACCCGAGGCACCAGAGAGCCGGGGUGACUCGCUCGACAGCGCCCCCUUGGACCCGCGGCCCUCGGCAUGGACCCACAAGGUCACCCGACGGGCACUGACCUACCACUUUUGUGGGUUCGCUGCGGGGAUAACCGCACCCUACACCCGACUGUAACCUGGGGAUUAUUCUGUAAAAUAAUGUGAAAUAAAGUUUGACGACGAAGGCGCACGUCGUGUUUUUGGAAGCGCACA